AUGUCAAACACCGUUCAUCUCCUCGACUAUGUCGCCGGCAAUGUCCGAAGCUUGGUCAAUGCGAUCGAGAAAGUCGGUUACAAGGUCGUCUGGAUUAAAGACCCUGCAGACCUUGCAGGCGCAGAGAGAGUAAUCCUUCCUGGUGUCGGGCACUUUGGCCAUUGCCUGUCCUCCCUCGCCAAAGCUUCAUUCACGGAGCCAUUGAAGGCCUAUAUCGCCUCUGGGAAACCGUUUAUGGGCAUUUGCGUCGGCCUUCAAGGUCUCUUUGAUUCCUCCUCCGAAGACCUUGAAGUUCCCGGUCUUGGAAUCAUUCCAGGAAGACUCACUCAAUUUGACUCUUCCACAAAAUCGGUGCCACAUAUUGGCUGGAAUAGUGCUAUCGCAAUCGAGUCUGAGGAGACAAAGGGUAAAUCACUAUAUGGAUUAGUACCCGGGAGAAAAUACUAUUAUGUUCAUUCAUAUGCUGUGCCAUAUACCCCCGGACAACUCGAAUCACAGGGGUGGGACGUAGCAACCGCCACAUAUGGAGACGAGAAAUUUGUCGGGGCUAUUGCUAAGGGAAACAUUUUUGCCACACAGUUUCAUCCAGAAAAGAGCGGGGAAGCCGGAUUAGCGGUUAUCAAAGCAUUUUUGGAUGGGACAAGAUUAUCGGACCUUCCUCAGGAUACCCAGGCGAAAGAGAUGGGGGAUGGGCUGACAAGGAGAGUCAUCGCCUGUUUGGAUGUUAGAACGAACGAUGAUGGUGAUUUGGUCGUUACGAAAGGAGACCAAUAUGAUGUACGGGAAAAGGGGACAAGCUCUUCGGGCGGACAAGUCAGAAACCUUGGUAAACCGGUGGACUUGGCGAAACGGUAUUACGAAUCUGGAGCCGAUGAAGUUACAUUUUUGAAUAUAAUGUCCUUCAGAAAUUGUCCAGUAGCGGACACACCAAUGUUGGAUGUCCUUAGACUUACAUCCGAGGAGGUGUUCGUGCCACUGACAAUAGGGGGAGGCAUUAGGGACGUGGUUGACACGGAUGGAACAAAAGUCUCGGCGCUAGAGGUUGCGACAAUGUACUUCAAAUCUGGCGCUGACAAAGUUUCCAUUGGAAGCGAUGCAGUCAUUGCAGCUGAGGAAUAUUUUGCAAGUGGGAGACAGUUGAGCGGGAAGACGGCUAUCGAAACGAUAUCAAAGGCAUACGGGAACCAAGCGGUUGUUGUAUCGGUGGACCCGAGGAGGGUAUAUGUAGCUUCGCCGCAGGAUACGAAACGUCAUGCCAUAAAAACCGUAUUUCCUGGACCAAAUGGUGAACAGUACUGUUGGUAUCAAUGCACAAUAAAAGGAGGGCGCGAAGGCAGGGAUGUUGACGUUCAAGAAUUGGUCACCGCUGUGGAGGCCAUGGGAUGUGGCGAGAUUUUGUUAAAUUGCAUUGACAAAGAUGGUACAAACUCUGGAUUCGACUUGGAACUGAUCAGCGAAGUCAAGAAGUCGGUAAAGAUUCCGGUCAUUGCAUCGAGUGGUGCUGGUAAUCCGGGGCAUUUCUUGGAGGUUUUCGAGAAAACGACUACAGAUGCAGCUUUAGGGGCCGGGAUGUUCCACAGAGCAGAGUACACGGUCACCCAAGUGAAAGACUAUUUAGCUAGAGAAGGGCUUGUGGUAAGGACAUCAAAAUAA